UAUUCAUUUGAUCAUGUGUUUGAUGAUCAAUCAACCCAAGAACACGUUUACAAUGAAGUUGCACAACCUAUACUCGAUGAAGUUUUGAGAGGUUACAAUUGCACAAUUCUUGCUUAUGGACAAACAGGAACCGGAAAAACAUAUACCAUGGAAGGAGAUUUGUCUGAUCAUGCUGGAAAACAUGGUCCGGAAGCUGGAAUUAUACCACGUACAAUCUACAAACUGUUUGAAACCCUGGAUGCACAAGGAGCAGAGUAUUCUGUCCGAGUAUCUCUGAUAGAACUCUACAACGAAGAAAUCAGAGACCUUUUGAACCCAAGUGAUGAAACCAAAUCUUUACGUAUUUUUGAUCCGUCAGGUGGAGCCGGAUUGCACAUUCUGCAGAAGGGAAGCAUGUACAGAAGCAUUGGAACAACCAAGUGUAAUGACAAAUCAAGCCGAUCUCAUUCUGUUUUCACAUUGACAGUUCGGAUCAAAGAAACCUUGCCCGGAGGUGAUGAGGUCUUAAAAGUUGGAAAGCUUAACCUGGUGGACCUUGCUGGCUCAGAGAACAUCAGUCGAUCUGGAGCUGAGAAUGGACGGGCUCGUGAAGCAGGAAUGAUUAACCAAAGCUUGCUUACUCUUGGCCGAGUGAUCAAUCUUCUUGUAGAGCAUGCUGGCCAUGUGCCUUAUAGAGAUAGCAAAUUGACACUCUUACUCAAAGAUUCCCUUGGAGGAAGAACAAAGACAUGUAUUAUCGCGACUGUCUCGAUGGCCAAAGUUAAUCAUGAUGAGAUUGUAAGCACACUGGAUUAUGCAAGCAGAGCAAAGAAUAUCCAAAACAGACCUCAGGCCAAUGAACAAAUGAGUCCA